UUAAAAACUCUUGCGGAAAUUGAUAACGAGCUACUCGCAUCGCUGCCUCACGCUCGCAUGCACCGUGUACGUGUUUGUUUAAAGAGUAUUUAUAAAAACGAUAACGAGAUUCCAAGUGGUCUGAGACUGAGUUCGUUGCAUGGUACAGUGAGCUUGUGCGCGCUCCAAUGCUAACUAUGGAAGAGGGCUGUCGUCAUCUGACGACCAACGAGUUACUGGAUCAGCGCUGUCCAGUUCCGGACAGUCCUUUGGACCUUAGAGGUUCUUCGAUCGAUUCUCAUGACAUCAAACACGAGGACAAAUACGGCAAAGAAAAGCCCGCGAAGAAAUCCGGGCAUCAGUUAAUCAAGCCACCAUAUUCCUACAUCGCGCUCAUCACCAUGGCCAUACUUCAGUCUCCACAUAAAAAACUAACCCUGAGCGGCAUAUGUGAAUUUAUAAUGACAAGAUUCCACUACUACAGAGAAAAAUUCCCUGCCUGGCAGAACUCCAUAAGACACAAUUUGUCUUUGAACGACUGUUUUAUAAAGAUUCCAAGGGAACCGGGAAAUCCAGGUAAAGGCAACUAUUGGACUCUUGAUCCCUUAGCUGAAGAUAUGUUCGACAAUGGUAGCUUUCUCAGACGCAGAAAACGCUACAAGAGACCUUCACCGAAUUUGAUGUUACGCGACCACCACGCUUCGGCGAUGGUCGCCUCCUUCCUGUCCAGCCAGGAAAAUUACCACCACAGUUUGUUCAACCAUUCCAUGCACAGUCCGUAUCCAUACAUACCUAUUCCGACGAAUCUACCGAGUAAUAUGCCACUACUGAGUCCUAUGGAUCUGUCUAGGAUAAGUCUUAGCCAUCUAGGAAUUAUUCCUCAACCAACACUGUGCAAACCUGUUCCAGUACAACCCCCCAGCAUCACAUCCAUAUCCGAUACGGAGGAGUACGUGGCUACAGACAUAGGGAAGAAGAGUAAGAACGGCUUUUCUAUAGACUCUAUCAUGGGGAACGAGGGCAAGACCAAACCGGAAGUAAAGCUGACCUCCAGCAGUCCGGAAAUCACUCUAACAAGAAUCCACAAUCAAGUGUCGGCGUUUUCACCGCUUUCUUCUAGCGACGACUGGACCAGGUGAAAGUAUCCAUGUUAGAGACUUCUCGUUGUAGUAUUAAUGUAAAAAGCAUCUCAUAAAGACCAAAGAAGUCGACUGUAAUGUGAUUGACUGUUGCAAUAUUUAUUAAAUAGAUCUAGCUUAGCUGUUAGGUGUACUGAAUAUAGUUACUAUUAUACUAUGUAUAGAAGCAGAUUAAAACUUAGUUUAAUAAGUUUUAAGUACUUAGAAUAGUUCGUAAAUGUGUACAUAAAUUGAUAUAUAAGAUUAAAAUGUACAGACGUGUUAUAGCUGAAUCAAAAUUGUAUGUUCGUUUCGUACUCUGUAUAUUAUGAUAUAUUUGUAGAAAGUUAUUGGACAUUGAAAAUGUAUAGUUAAAUCUAUUCUGUACCGAUAUGAAAAGAUGUAAUUUAAAAUUGUAAAAUAAAUUUUUGAAUAAU